GGGUAUCGGUCAGGUCAAACUUGGGCACACGGGACAAUGCAAUGACCGGGCCAUACCCCUACUUAAUAUUAGCCUAUACAUAAUGAAUUUCUGUGCUGGAUGCCUGGAGCCAUCAAUCUCAACAAAUAAGCCCGAGGCAGAUGGAAGAGAAGUUCGUAAUCUUAUUAGUGAAGAUCCAAGUAUAAGAAGAAAAGGAUACAUGGGAGAAUAUUUUAUACGACCACCUGCUGACAUUACUGUCACCUUCAAAGUUCCUAUUGACAUCAGUCAUAUCAAACUUAAUACUUUCUUAGAGCAAAAGUAUAGUACAGGAUUCUCUAUUUUCACACAUCCAGAAGAGACCAGUCAGGAUGAAGCACAGACUAAUGCAUCCAGAUCAGUUUCAGAAGCCGUCUUGUGUGAAAAUAAUGCAUCAUCAAGUUCUUAUGCCCAACCCAAAAUGAAUUCCCCUUUCACUUCAUCUAAUUUGCAACCUGUUCAAGACUUGCAAACGAUUGAAGACAAUGGUGAUGUUUACUAUUGUGUAGGGACAUUUUUCACACAGGGUGAGGAUUGUAUUAUUUUGAGGAAUCACCAUUACAAGCACUGGAUAAGAGUAAGAAUGCCUGAGGAUAAUGCCAUAUCAGAUGGUAAGAAGAUUUACCGGAGGGCUUUAAAACACACCAACAGAACAGCUCUGCGAUGCAUCAGGAAACUGAUUGUGAGAAUCCUAAGAACAUCAGGGAGCAUUCCCCCUGUUUUGCAAACCCUGGAAAUUUGGGGUCAACCAGGAAUUAAGACAGAUAAGAUCCUCAGGAAAGAGAUAAUGAGUCGAUGGUUUGGACGGACCCGUUCUGUGGAAACCAUUACUGUUCCACGCAUAUAUAAUUCACAGUGUGAAGAGGUAUUGCAUAAGGAAUCUGAAACAGAAACUUCUAAGGAAAAAGAUUCCACUGAGGUACCCGAAGAUUUUUUGGAUCCUCUUACUUGUGAAGUCAUGACAGUUCCUCUCCUUUUACCCUCUGGCCACUCCAUAGAUGCCAACACACUUGACAGAUUUAUUGCUCAUGAAGCAGUGUGGGGCCGUCCUGCAUCAGAUCCAUUCACAGGCGUACCCUUCAAGCAUGGGCAAAUGCCCGCACCCAAUGCCUUGAAAGCUCGCAUCGACAGAUUCCUGUUAUUGAAUGCUGAUCAUCCACUGGUUCAGUCAUGUGGUCGGACUUUAUCUGCAAGUGGAACACAGCAAAUGAGUAGUUUAAAUGGCUUCAUUAAUGGCUAUAGAGAAAAUAGCAUUAUCUCGGGCGUGAAAAGAAAGUUCGACGAUACUGCUGAUUCAAAAGAGGAGAGUUGUGCCACACUGCAGCAAGAUCAAGUUAACUGUGAAAGUGAUGACAAGGAAAGAACUAAAGAUUCAUCCAUAAAUAAACCUGGUACCUCUAAGACAAUAGAAACUCGAGUACCUCAGAGCCGAUUAGGAAAGGAAUUGCCCAAUGAAAAACAUGUUAAGGCGGAUCAUUUAUCAUACUAUCAGGCCUUCAGACAGAGGAGAAAUCAGCUUAGUAAGCCUCCACAAAGUUCAAUGGCUCAGAAACCAUCAAGUAGCCAUCAUGGACUAAUACAUAUGAUAGGCAGUGCUCUUUCUUAUACGCGACAAAAUGGUACAGGUUCAAAGACCCAGAACCAGAGAGUGUUGGGAAAACCAAAUACUGUGAUUCAGGGGGAUGCCAAGGCAGAAAAUACAAGUGCCCUUGAUUUAGCAUUGAAAAAUUCCCCUGCUUGCACUUGUGGGGAAAAAAGUGAUCUUUACAGUUUACAGUGUAGCCAUCUCAUGUGUAGGAAGUGUUUGUUUCAACAAAACAAGAGUACAGUGACUUGCUCAGUUUGCCAGCGAGAAUGUGAAAGAUCAGCGGUAUCAAAAUAUCACAAAAAGAGUAUUUUUUCUAUGGAUUAUCAGUGACUUUCAUUAUCCUCUUGCGCGAGUAUAAAUAGCAGUAGAUUUCAAGUUUAUUGCUUUCAAAAAAUGGAAGAAUCGGUUUCCCUCUUACUCUGCAUGCAGCAUCAGUUUUGUAUCACAGUAUUCUGAAUUUCUGAGGUACACAAUAUAAAUGUAGUACCUGUAUUUUUGAACUUCAUACCUUCUUCCAUCCAUUGUAGCUUUACGAUACUGCAAUUGUCUUGUGAGUUACAUUUUGACAUAUUGCACAAUGUUUGCUAAAGUAAAAUCACUAUUUUUACAAUAAAUGACAACAAAA